ACUCUCAACUUCCAACUUCAUAGAUCACAGUUUUCAGAAAUCAUAGCGUUUGUUUCUUUCUUCCAAAAAAAUGGCUUCCUCACCUCACCAUCCUCAUGUAGCCCUAAUCCCAUCUGCCGGGAUGGGCCACCUGAUCCCCUUCCUCCGCCUGUCGGCCAUGCUCGCCGCGCGCGGCUGCGCAGUCUCCAUCAUCGCCGCCCAUCCCACGGUCAGCGCCACCGAGUCAGAUCAUCUCUCGGCGUUCUUCGCCGCCUAUCCCCGAAUCAAACGAAUCGAUUUUCAUCUCUUGCCUUACAAGAAAUCGAACUUCAUUAACGAAGAUCCUUUCUUCAUUCAGUUCGAAGCCAUUGACAAAUCGACUCAUCUCCUUCGUCCUGUUUUGUCCUCUCUAUCACCGCCUCUGUCUGCUGUAGUCUCAGACCUUCUCAUUCUAAGAAGCAUCGCCCAGAUUACUGAAGAUCUUUCCAUUCCUACUUAUACAUUGAUUACCACUUCCGCUAGGUUUUUCUGCCUUAUGGUUAACCUUUCUCUGCUAUUAGCAGCAGGGAACGUCAAUGGCGGCACCAUUGAUGUUCCUGGUUUAGGUCAAGUUCCUGUCUCGAGCAUUCCUCCACCAAUGCUCAAUCCCAAUCAUUUCUUUUCAGCUACUAUUACUGAAAAUACUCCCCCCCUGCCUAAACUAAAAGGCAUUCUGCUCAACACAUUUACCUGGUUUGAAUCAGAAGCAAUUGAGGCACUGAAUAGCAGUGGAUUAGCACCCAUCCUUCCUGUUGGACCCCUCCAGCCAUUACAGGCUGUACAAGGAGGAUCCAAUCUUCCAUGGCUGGACCAGCAAGCUCAAGAAUCAGUACUCUUCAUUAGCUUCGGCAGCAGGACAGCUCUGUCAAAGGAACAAAUAAGAGAAUUAGGUGCAGGGCUAGAGAAGAGUGGCUGCAACUUCCUGUGGGUGCUAAAGGGCAGCAAAGUGGACAAAGAAGACAACCAAGAAGUAGAAGAGUUGAUUGGUGAGGGAUUUCUUGAAAGAACACAAUCCAAGGGGCUGGUUGUGAAGGGUUGGGUGGAUCAAGAUCAGGUUUUGGGACACCCAUCAAUAGGAGGGUUUAUGAGCCACUGUGGAUGGAACUCAGUGAUGGAAGCAGCCAGAUUAGGGGUGCCCAUUUUGGCCUGGCCAUUACAUGGGGAUCAGAAGAUUAAUGCUGAGGUGGUUGAGAAGAUAGGGCUGGGGCUGUGGAGCAGCAGGGAUUGGGGUUGGGGUGGCCAGAAAUUGGUGGGCAGAGAUGAGAUUGCAGAUAAGAUCAUGGAGGUGAUGAUGGACAAGAAGGUAAGGGAUAGAGCCAAACAGAUUAAAGAGAAAGCCUGUCUGGUUAGGGAUGCUAAUGGAGACACAGAACUCAAGCUUCAGGAAAUUAUUCAAUCAUGUAUUAAAGAAACAUAGGACCCUUUCCCUCCUUGUCCAUUUCUAUGAUUCUAUCUGUGUUUGAUUAAUCCUAAUUAGCAUUUGAUAUUAACAUAUAAAUUGUGUGUUUUUUGUCUUACCGAAGUUGGAUUAUCCAAUCUUGUCGAUACUUUGGGAAAUAGCUCAAUCAUUAGAGAUGCUUCUAUGCAAAUGACUACCUAGUCAACUCUUCCUUUUUGUGGUCUUUCCAUGGAGCCGACAACUUUUCAAUGAUUCUUAAGACGACGAUAGAUUCAUCCAUCUUUAAGUUGAGCUUGUGCAAACUAACCAAGGAUGCGAAUUAUCAGCC